UGCGCGGUGCAGCGCAGGGAGCUGUCCGCGUCAGUCGGUGCUGAAGUCUCCUCGCAGAAGCAUCGUCGCCACCAUCGUCCUCGUCCUCUUCUUCCUCCGCAGCCAGGAUGGAGGAAGAGUUAAAAUGUCCCGUGUGCGGUUCCCUCUUCAAGGACCCGGUGCUGCUGCCCUGCUCCCACAACGUGUGUCUGGCCUGCGCGCGGAACAUCACCGUGCAGACGCCGGACGGCGACACCGCGGUGCAGAGCCGCGCGUCGGGCGGCAGCUCGGACUACGACUACCUGGACAUGGACAAGAUGAGUCUGUACAGUGAGACGGACAGCGGAUACGGCUCCUACACGCCGACGUGCCAGCUCAAGUCGCCGAACGGGGUUCGGGUGUUUCCGCCAGCCAUGGCUCACCGACACUGCUCGCUCACCUGCCCGCUGUGUCACCGGAGCGUCUCCCUGGACGAGCGGGGGCUCCGGGGUUUCCCUCGGAACCGGCUGCUGGAGGCCAUCGUGACGCGGUACCAGCAGAACCGCGCCGCCUCCGCGUCCUCUUCAUCCUCAUCUUCAUCCUCCUCCUCUUCCUCAGCAGCGGUGAAGUGCCAGCUGUGUGACCGCAACCCGGUGGACGCGGCGGUGAUGUGCGAGCAGUGCGACGUCUACUACUGCAACGCCUGCCAGCAGCGGUGCCACCCGUCCCGCGGUCCGCUCGCCAAACACCGGCUGGUGCCGCCGAACCAGGCGGCUGCAGGUGGAGGUGGAGGAGCAGGAUCGGGAGGGACCGGGCAGCAGCAGCCGCAUCAGCCGCCUGCCACGGCGCGAAAACCGGCGACCUGCGUGGACCAUGAAGCGGAGAACUUCAGCAUGUUCUGCUGCAGCUGCAGAGCCCCGGUGUGUAUGAAGUGUCUGGAGGAGGGAAAACACGCCAAGCAUGACGUCACGCCUCUGGCAGUGAUGUGGAAACAACACAAGUGUCAGAUCUCCCAGGCCCUGAACGGCGUCUCGGACAAAGCCAAAGACGCCAAGGAGUUUCUGGUUCAGCUCAAGAACAUGCUUCAGCAGAUCCAGGAGAGCGGCGUCGAGUUUGAAGCUUGCCUCGUGGCUCAGUGCGACUCGCUGAUCGAAGCGCUGACCAGACAGAAAGCCAAACUGCUCACCAAGGUCACCAAGGAGAAGGAGUACAAACUCAAGGUGGUGCGCGACCAGAUCACCCACUGCACCAUGAAGCUGCGUCAGACCACAGGGAUGAUGGAGUUCUGUCUGGAAGUCCUCAAAGAGAACGACCCCAGCGGGUUCCUCCAGAUCUCAGAUGCUCUGAUCAAGCGGGUGACGUCGUCUCAGGACCAGUGGGUGAAAGGCGCCCUGGAGCCAAAGGUCGGCCCCGACUUUGACCUCACACUCAACACCGACCUGCUGCUCCAGACCAUCCUGCAGCUGGACUUCUGCCAAGGCAAAGCAGAAGCUUUUCCUGUCAACAUGGCGGCAUCAACAAAGUCGCAUGACGUCCCGGGCUCCAUGUAUUGUAACUUCAUGAGUUCUGUCCAUCACAACACUCAAACCAAGCUCGUACUUCCAGAUGUGCAGGAGAAUCCGUUUUUGAAACAAAUGCAGGCCACAGACAGUGGUGAGACUGAGAUGGAGACAGAGAGUCCAGGAGCAGUGGAGGCGGGUCCCGCAGUGCCGCCGGCUCCGCUCCUGCAGCUGGAGAAGUGCUGCACCAGGAACAACAGCGCCACUCUGGCCUGGAGGGUGGCGGCGCUCCCCGGGAACCCCGUCGAGGGCUACAUCCUGGAGUUGGACGACGGCAACGGAGGACAGUACAGGGAAGUGUACGUGGGGAAGGAGACGGUGUGCACAGUGGACGGCCUCCAUUUUAACAGCUCCUACAACGCCAGGGUGAAAGCCUAUAAUGCCGUUGGUGUGGGGCCGUACAGCAAGACAGUCAUUCUCAAGACCUCAGAUGUGGCCUGGUUCACCUUUGACCCCACCUCGGCUCAUCGGGACAUGGUUCUGUCCAACGAAAACCAGACUGUGAGCUGUAACAGCUACGACGACCGCGUGGUGCUGGGAACGGCCGCUUUCUCGAAGGGCGUCCACUAUUGGGAGGUCUGCAUCGAUCGCUACGACAACCACCCGGACCCGGCGUUUGGUGUGGCGAGGAUCAACACCAUGAAGGACAUGAUGCUGGGGAAGGACGACAAAGCCUGGGCCAUGUACGUGGACAACAACCGCUCGUGGUUCAUGCACAACAACUCCCACACAAACAGGGCGGAGGGCGGCAUCAGUAAAGGCUCGACGGUGGGCGUCCUGCUGGAUCUGAACAAACACACUCUGACCUUCUUCAUCAACAAGGAGCAGCACGGACCGACGGCCUUCGCCAACCUGGACGGGGUCUUUGUGCCGGCCGUCAGCCUCAACAGGAACGUUCAGGUGACCUUACUGACCGGUCUGGAGGUGCCGAAGAACAUCAGACAGUAGUAGCUCCUCUGAUGCUCUCUCUCUGAGCGUGUUCUGGAUACAAACACACUCAUUUUUAUUCAGCCUCACUUCAUCCUCCCACGUGGAUGUUUCCCAGUAACGUGAGGCGGAACUUCCUCCUCCUCUGCUCUCAUCCUUCUCAAGGUGUCCUUCAUGUCGGACGUUUAUGUCUGGUAAUUUGGGACAAACGCAUAAAUCUGAGUUAUCGUCGGCUGUAAAUACGAGCGGAGCUUGCGGACGCGCUUGCGAGUACCCGUGGAGUUACGGUACUUCUAAUUACUCGUGCGUUAAUGUUGCAGCUGCUGCCGUCGCUGGUAUUCGUCAGCGUGAUGGGGAAAAAAACGUUCCUCCACGAGGCCUGAGACCAAACUUAUGAACAACCGAAACAACGACAUAGACUUCUACACUGUGCCGUGACAACAGAUAUACAAUCAGAUCAGAGUGACACCGUCAUUUAAAAAAACAAACAAAAAGAAA